AUGAACUUCACAGGGUCCCGGCAGAAACCAGUCGGGAAAGGGUCCAAGCUCCCUCCCGCGGGCGAUCUCUGGCUCUCCCGUUGUCCUCUCUCCGUCCUAGAAUCCAGAGUCCAGGAUCUAGGAUUUAAGAACUCCGCCGGCCUGUGUUAUCCGAAAGUAGCCAUGUGGGGGAGACGGUGCAUCACGUCAACCAAGCGUCCGGGCGUAGCUACCACCACUCAGGCAUUAAUCCGCGGUCCCCCGGCGUCUUUUCUCCGUCGCCCCUCCUCCCCCUCCUUCUUCUCCUCCUCUGCUUGCUUUUCGCGCGCCUCGCCUUCUCCCCGCCGUCCUCCUCUCCCGUCGCGUGCUCGCUCAACCCGCUCGCUCAACCCUUUCGCUGUUCCAUACUCGUUUGCUAGGCAUUGCUCUUCGGAAAUACGUGCAAUGGCCACAAAAGACAGAGAAAUUCUCCCCGACGUGGUGACGCCCGUCAAUUAUCAUGUAUCCUUGUUUGAUCUUGAGCUUGGUGGUUCUUGGGCCUACAAGGGAGCCGUCAAGAUAGAUGCCAGAGUCACCCGUCCCACCAAGGAGAUUGUACUGAACUCCAAAGAGAUCGAGGUUCAGAAUGUGGAGGUCUUGGGAAAAGAUGGAGCCAAAUUAGCACUGGCAUCCGAUAUCGCGUAUGACAAAAAGUCGGAACGUGUGGUUUUCAAGUUCCCAAAUGAACUCACCCCUUCCGACAUCGUGUUGUCUAUCGCCUUCACAGGCACUAUGAACAGUGCCAUGGCUGGCUUUUACCGAUCCAAAUACAAGCCGGUGGCAGAGCCGGGUGCCGAUACCCCCAAGGAAGGCGAUUUCUACUAUAUGUUAAGCACCCAGUUCGAAUCGUGCGAUGCACGUAGGGCCUUUCCUUGUUUUGACGAGCCAAACCUGAAAGCUACCUUUGAUUUCGAGAUUGAGAUCCCCACGGGACAGACAGCUCUUAGCAACAUGCCCGUUGUGUCCGAGAGGGAGGGUAGCCGUCCUAACCUCAAGUUUGUUUCGUUCGAAAGGACUCCUGUGAUGAGCACUUAUCUUCUUGCCUGGGCCGUCGGGGACUUCGAAUACGUUGAAGCCAUGACGCAACGCCAGUACAAGGGGAAGAGCAUCCCUGUUCGUGUUUACACGACGAGAGGUCUCAAAGAUCAGGCCCGGUUUGCUUUAGAGUGUGCUCACCGCACUGUGGACUAUUUCUCUGAAGUCUUUGAGAUUGAGUAUCCUUUGCCCAAGGCGGAUCUACUUGCUGUUCAUGAAUUUGCCAUGGGUGCCAUGGAGAACUGGGGACUGGUGACGUAUCGCACUACUGCCGUCCUGUUUGACGAAGGAAAGUCUGAUACGCGGUACAAGAAUCGCAUUGCUUACGUUGUGGCACACGAGCUGGCUCACCAAUGGUUCGGUAACCUGGUGACAAUGGACUGGUGGAAUGAAUUAUGGCUCAAUGAGGGUUUCGCCACCUGGGUCGGCUGGCUGGCUGUCGAUCAUUUUUACCCUGAAUGGAAUAUAUGGUCACAGUUUGUCGCUGAAGGUGUACAACAAGCAUUCCACCUCGACUCACUACGCGCCUCUCACCCGAUAGAGGUCCCCGUGAAGAAUGCCCUGGAGGUGGACCAGAUUUUCGAUCAUAUCAGUUACCUCAAAGGAAGUUCCGUGAUCCGAAUGCUGAGUGAUCAUCUUGGUCGGGAGACAUUCCUUCGAGGAGUGGCCCUAUACCUCAAGGCCCAUGCCUACGGCAAUGCUACGACCAAUGAUCUUUGGUCGGCCCUCAGCAAAGCUUCCAAUCAGGACGUUAAUAGCUUCAUGGACCCUUGGAUCAGAAAAAUCGGAUUCCCGGUCGUUACCGUUGCGGAAGAACCAGGACAGAUAAGUAUCCGCCAGAAUCGCUUUUUGUCAUCGGGAGACGCGAAACCAGAGGAGGAUGAGACAACGUGGUGGAUUCCACUUGGGGUCAAGUCAGGCCCAAAAAUGGAAGAUGUAAACUCGGAUGCUCUCACCUCCAAGGCUGCCACCGUUCAGGGUGUUGGACAGGAUACAUUCUACAAGAUCAACAAGGACCUCUCGGGCUUUUUCAGAACCAAUUACCCGGCAGAUCGACUAUCAAAAUUGGGAAAGUCUCUGGGGCUGUUGAGUACUGAAGAUAAAAUCGGCCUGAUUGGCGAUGCCGCUGCCCUUGCUACAUCUGGAGAGGGCACGACCGCAGCUCUAUUGGCUCUCCUUGAAGGAUUCAAGGAGGAAACCAAUUACCUGGUUUGGUCUCAAAUUUCCUCGUCCCUCGCCAAUUUACGCUCGGUCUUUGCGCAGAAUGAACAGGUGGCCAAGGGACUGAAGAGGUUCACCCUCGAAUUGGUAUCCCCCGCAGUCGAACGGAUUGGGUGGGAAUUUGGACCAAAUGAAGACUAUCUCACUGUUCAGCUCCGGAAGCUUUUGAUUGGAAUGGCUGGCGUUGCAGGCCAUGAGAGAAUUAUCGCGGAGGCUAAACGACGCUUCCAACUCUGGGCCAAGGGAGAAGACAAGAGUGCUAUCCACACCAAUUUGCGCUCGGCAAUCUUUGGCAUUGCGAUCUCGGAAGGUGGCCGGGACGAGUACAUGUCAGUCAAAGAAGAAUAUCUUCAGACCGAUUCCGUAGAUGGCAAAGAAAUUUGUCUAGCGGCACUUGGACGGACUACAAGCGCGGAGCUCGUCGAGGACUAUCUGAAUUUCGUGUUUUCCGACAAGGUGGCCAUCCAGGAUGUACACAACGGCGCGGUUUCCCUGGCGGCAAACUCCAAGGCCCGGCACCUUCUUUGGCAAUACAUGAGAAACAACUGGGAAAUGGUCGAGUCGCAACUGUCAGCAAAUAACGUUGUGUUCGAGCGCUUUGUACGGAUGGGGCUUUCGAAAUUUGCAGACCACCAGAUUGGUUCUGACAUCGCUUCAUUCUUCGAGAAGCAGGACACGAGUGCCUAUGACCGCGCAUUAGUCAUUGUUUCGGAUAGCAUCCGUACGAAUGCGCGCUACAAGGAAAGGGACGAGGCACUGGUUUUGGAGUGGCUUCAAGCUCAUAAAUACGCCUGA